CUUAUAAUUUGGUAUUUUAAAAAGGUUUGAUCUCCAUAUUUUUCUAGGAUACAUUUUCAAGGGUUUUGAAAAGGGCUUUAACCUGUCAAGGGCUAGUUUUGUAGAAAAUGCCGCAGCAGUUCUUUCAUUAUAAUAAGUUUGUAAACAGGUUGGUGUCGAAAUGUAAUAAGAAAGAUUUGUAAAAGAUUUAAAGUGAGAUAACUGUUGAACAUUUUUUGCAAUGGAAAACGUCACAUCGCAUUACGUAUUGUUACUAUUUUAAGACAAUGUUUUCGUAAAACACAACUUCUAAACAUGAAUUACCGCAUAUAAAAAAAAAACAGCAGUAAAAAUUUGUUUAAUAAAGUUGUCAACACGUUUUCAUCUAGGUUAAGACCCACUAAACUGGCUCAUAUUAACGUAGAAGUACUGAACAGCUUUUGAGAAGUUGUCCAAACGGAGCACCCGGAUGUUUCAUUAAUGUCUUGAUGAGACUGGCCAGAUUGUAUACCCGGAUGUUCUAUUAAUAGAUUUUCUCCAUUUAUUAACAAACCCUAUUGCCAGAAGUUGGGUUUUUAAAACCCCAAGAUUACGGGAAUUCGAGGAUCACUAGUAAGAGAGGAUUUAAAUUAAUUCCGUCUGGUGAUAUUGUGCCGAAAGGCUGAAUUUAAUUUGUUCUCCUAGCUCUCACUGCUGUGUUAGUGCAGGAAAUCAGUGCCAUGAUGAAAAUAUCGAAUGCCACUUUGUAUUUAUCUCCGAUGAAAUGGGAUGAAACCGGGGAAGGUUUACUCUAUUCAGUACCACGCCUAAUCUGUCUCAAAAGCCAUCUGCGUUCCCACAGACAGCAUCAGAACCAGAACGGACCCAAUGAUGAAAAUGGACUUGUUGGAUUUCAACGUCAUAACUAAUAAUGAAAAUCUCGUUCCUUCCUUAAUUUCAUUUAAAUUUUAAAUUCCUUUCUAACCAUCAAUAAACUAUCUCAUAUCCUUCUUCCCAGCAUCUAAAAACAUAGCUUGCCCAUUGUAAUAUCAUUAACCGUUUUGGCUGUCUAUAAUGAACGCAUCUCAAAUAAAUUCCCAUUGUGUUUAAAGUCCAUUAAAAAAAAUUGCACAUAAUGUUAAAGCAAAAAAGCUCCCAGCUGGUUUAUUUAGCAUUACGUAACAGGCUUUUAAUCACGUGAAAAUCUCACAGCUCGCCGAUUAUCUCCAACUAUUGUCACUACUUACCCAUCAUUGUCACUAUGAAAUCACAGCUAAAAAAAAACUAUUAAUCAGAACGCAUCUUUAAAAAUCCGUUCAAUUGACGUUUGACAGCUUUUGAACAGCGAUGACGUCACGUUUUCUGCUGCUGCUGCUGAUCGCCUGCCGGACAUGGGCUGUGAAACCAGGGGUCAAGAUGCGACUCACGCAGUCCGGUAUAAACUAUGGUAUGUAUUCAGCCGAGUAGUUUUAAUUUUCUUAUCGAUUUUCGAUCAGUACCGUAGGUAAAAUAUACUUCAACCGUCUAGAUUCUAGAUAAUAACAGGGACCCUGACUGCCGGCAUUGCAGACUGGUCCCAGAAACACUAGCGCAUCUGUCGACCGAAUGCCCGUUACUAGAUGUUUCGAGAGAAACCAGGGCGGCGAGAGUGCCCUACGUGAGGAAAAUGUUAUGUGGCUCAGGUCAGCAGAUGGAGCUGGUAGCCAAUGUACUAACCGGAGUCAUAAGAGAGCAAUUUUAGACCUUCAACAGAAUAUGUGCGUUAGCUAGUAGGUAAAAAACUGUUUCAACAGGUUUUAUAAUAACAGGGACCCUAACUGCCACAUUGCCGCCUAGUCUCAGAAAAACUAGCGCAUCUGUUGACCGAAUGUUCCUCCCUUGAUGUAUCGAGAGAGGCCAGGGCGCCGGGAGCACCCUACGUGAGGAAAAUGUUAUUCGCGUCAGCUCAGCCGAUGGAGUUGAUUACCAAUGUACUAGCCGGUGUCAUUAGAGAGUAAAACAACGCAUGGGCUCAACGAUACAGCAAUCUUAAUUUGGUCUCAAACAAACAAAGCCCAGAUUUCGAAAAUAUUGUUUAAAAUUUUCUAUCUUGUGAACACAAACUGUCCAUGUUUUAAUUCUACUUCAAACCUAAAGCCAUUUAUUCAUCCCUGUGCAGCCAAUGGAGUUGCCCGGUUGGCCGUCCUUGACCUAAUCCAAAAUAUGAAAAUAGAAAACUACGAAGGAAAAAGCGGUAAAACAACAUACUGGCUGUCGAAGUAAGUUCAACAAUUAAAUAAUUGACAUAACAUUCGCAUUGGUCGUAAGAGAGGUGAUUUUAAUAUUUUUUUCCUAAGAGUGACUUGACUUGAAGGACAAACAAUCUAAAUAUGCAUCUUAUAUUUUGAGAUUCUCAUCAACAUGAUCUAUCUUCUUUUUUUCUCUUUUUUUAAACAGCAUUCAUAGUGAAAGUGUCACACCGCCCAACAGUGAGAUGACCCUCUCUCCUGGACUUAACGGCCUAACCUGGACGGUGACCAAUUUUGGGAUUAAACUGUACACGGACUGGAGGGUCAAGCAUAAAGUGUGGUUGUGAGUUGGCUCUGUAGCCUCGUUACCAAAGCUUUGUCGCCUUAUAUAUUCCCCGUGGUACUAUGGACGUCUUCUCUCCAUGUGUUCCGUGCGUCUUCCCUUCUAUAAAACCUCAUGUUUCAACGACACGUACAGCAUAAUAAUAACUCUUACUUUUCUCGCCAAGCAUGGUGGCACUGCCUCUGAGAAAUUGAUUCUCUCAUGAUUUCAUGAUUGUGGAUGCGAAUGCAUAAUUUUCGCCCCCCCCCCUUUUUUAGCUGCUAUCUUUCUGUUGAUGUAAGCGUAGACGUCGAUGCUGACCAUCUUCUUGUUGAUGUAAGCGUAGACUUCGGUGCUGACCAUCAUCUUGUUGAUGUAAGCGUAGACUUCGAUGCUGACCAUCUUCUUGUUGAUGUAAGCGUAGACGUCGAUGCUGACCAUCUUCUUUAUUGAUGUAAGCGUAGACUUCGAUGCUGACCAUCAUUCUGUUGAUGUAAGCAUAGACUUCGAUGCUUACCAUCUCCUUUAUUGAUGUAAGCAUAGUCUUCGAUGCUUACCAUCUUCUUUAUUAAUGUAUGCGUAGACUUCGAUGCUGACCAUCAUUCUGUUGAUGUAAGCAAAUACAUCGAUGCUGACAAUCUUCUUUAUUGAUGUAAGCAUGGACUUCGAUGCUGACCAUCUUCUUGUUGAUGUAAGCAUGGACUUCGAUGCUGACCAUCAUUCUGUUGAUGUAAGCAAAUACAUCGAUGCUGACCAUCUUUUUUUUUUUUUUUUUUUUUUUUUAAAAAACAUCCUUUUUUUCUUAAAAAAACAGAUUCAAGACGGGAAAUCCUCAAAUUUCUAAGAAUUUAAAAAAAAUAAAUAAUUACAUUUUCUAACAGUGUACCCAUAAGCGCAUCCGGGGGCCUCUCCGCGGAUUUCAGUGGCGUGAGACUUUCCCUAACCAUUGGCGUUGGUAAGUUUUCGUUUGGCUUAGUUGUGUUAACGUUAUUUCUAACGCACCUGCCAGCGUUUCUCUGUUCAAACGUCUUAACUUACUGUCUGUGCGUGACCGGUUUCAUUAACUUCCCCCCACAGACCUUGAUGGUGGGUCCCGUCCAGUGCUGAGGUCAAGAGGGUGCAGUGCUGACAUAGGAGGCUUAAAUCUGAGAUUUCGCGGUGGUCUGGUCUCGUGGAUUUUAAAUUUGUUUAAAGGGCUCUUUGAAAAUAAAGUUAAAAACAUGAUCCGCGACAGGGUAUGUAAAUUUUACAAUCCAGAAGGUAUGUAAUGCUCUUGUUAGACGGCACAUUUAUUUUCAAGUGAACAAUCUGUUAAUAGGUGUGCAUUGUCAUUAUCCGGUUACAAUCAUUGUGAAGUUAAAAGGUUUUGUUUUUUGUUAAUUCGUCUCAAAUUUACUUUGAAUUCCUUUACCUUAAUUAAUUUUGACCUCUUUAACUGUACCUUUGCCUGCUAUUGCAUAAGUUCUCAUUCAUUCCUUCACUGUAACCGUGCCUACUGUUGCACAUAUUCUCAUCCAUUCCUUCACCCCCUCGAGCAUGGACUUACAUUCCAUAGAAAGCUUGUCAUGUUUUCAGAUCUGCUCUCUUGUGGACAAAAGCAUUAACGGUGUUGUCGCAGACAAGGUCAAACAAAUGAGAGGUGAGAAGACAGCUGAAGUUACACAAUAAGUAGUGGGUAAGGGGUUUAUACUGUAGGUAAAGGGCAUCUACUGUAUUUAAGGAGUAUCUACUCUAGGUAAGGGGUAUCUACUGUAGGUUAAGAGUAUCUACUGUAGAUAUAGGGUAUCUAACGUAGGUUAGGGGUAUCUACUGUAGGCAAAGGGUAUCAAAUGUAGGUAUAGGGUAUCUACUGAUGGUUAGGGGUAUCUACUGUAAGUAAGAGGUAAAGGGCAUCUACUGUAGGUAAGGGAUAUCUACUAUCUACUAUAGGUAAAGGGUAUCUACUGUAGGUAAGGGAUAUCUACUAUCUACUGUAGGUAAAGGGUAUCUACUGUAGGUAAAGGGUAUCUACUAUCUACUGUAGGUAAAGGGUAUCUACUGUAGGUAAAGGGUAUCUACUAUCUACUAUAGGAAAAGGGUAUCUACUGUAGGUAAAGGGUAUCUACUAUCUACUGUAGGUAAAGGGUAUGUACUGUAGGUAAAGGGUAUCUACUAUCUACUGUAGGAAAAGGGUAUCUACUGUAGGUAAAGUGUAUCUACUAUCUACUGUAGGUAAAGGGUAUCUACUAUAGGUUAUCUACUAUCUACUGUAAGUAAAGGGUAUCUACUAUAGGUAAAGGUAUCUACUAUCUACUGUAGGUAAAGGGUAAAUACACCAUGCUCAUCGAUCACCAUUGGGUUUUUUUUUGGUUGUAAUAUUUGAAAUAACACGCAGCCUAAUCGGGUCGUGUCCUCUAACUUCUCCAUUACAUUUCAACCGCGACCGGAUGGAAUCGACAAAGAAUUUAUAACUAAAAAUACGCUGAAGACAUUGACUAUUUUCAAACACACCUGUUGAUUUUUUAUCCCUUCUCUAUUUAACAUUUUUGAUCUCAGUAAGUGUUCGCAUAAUGUCUGGUAUCAAUUCAUCUCACCCCCUCCGCCCCCCCCCUCUCCCUUGGAUCAAUUCCUUUACAACCUCUCACACAACACUUUGUAAACAUAUAAAUGUAAUUUCUUCGGAUGGGGCUGCAAACUCAUCGUUCUCCCCAAGGGAGCACAAUUUCGAGCUGCGCCAUUUCAUCACUACUAAAACAUAAAUCAUGUGCUCAUGAAUUGGGGGAAGGGUGAGGGGGGGGGGUGGCCCUCAGGGUGCAAAUUUACCAUCGCAUGGUAGCGUGCGUAGCAUGUGUAGCAUUUUAGUUGAGUAGAUCAUAAAGUAUUUUAAACGAUUUUUUUUUUUUUGCAUGGAAAGAUGAUUCUAGUUUUAAUGAUAUGACUUAUAAUACAAAUAAGUCUCUCGGCCAUGGCUGAAAGACAGAUAUCCUCCCCCCCCCAACUCUCGUUCGGCGGCAACUAACAGACCUCCACCUUUGCACACAAAAAAAAAUAAUGCGGAUGCCCAUGAUCCCAAUCAUCUUAUCCAUGCGGAUAUUUAUUAUUCUUAUGUCUGCAGUGUCCGUGGAUAUCGCCGAACGCUUUGUCUUAGACUACGGUUUUAUAGCCCCAGUGAUCAUUACGUCCGGCUACUUGGAAACGCAGCACAGUGUGAGUAGUUGGCCAACACGACCACGAAAUGCAGCUUAGUGUUAAUAAUUUACAAAUGUACGCCACUGUGUAAAUGAAAAACAGUAUCAUGUAAGACAGAGUAGUGUAAGUGCUUUUAAAAUAUCAACAUGAAAAAAUUAAUAUCGCUGUGUCGAAUAUCGUGUCAUACAGAGCAAAUGGCUAAGUGAAGAGAAUGCCUAAAAGCUAGGUUCAGAGAGUAUCAAACAGCCAGAUAAAGAUAUGGCCAACACGUUAGGUUCGGAGAGUACCAAACAGCUAGGUGUAGAGAUGGCCAAAAAGUUAGGUUCAGAGAGUAUCAAACAGCCAGGUAAAGAUAUGGCCAACACGUUAGGUUCGGAGAGUACCAAACAGCUAGGUGUAGAGAUGGUCAAAAAGUUAGGUUCAGAGAGUACCCAACAGCCAGGUAUAGAGAUGGCCAAAAAGUUAGGUUCAGGGAGUACCAAACAGCUGGAUGUAAAAAUGGCCAAAAUGUUAUUUGAAGAGAUAACCGAAAAGUUAAAUGCAGAGCUCACACAACAACAAUGGAAGAAGGUUGUUAAAAGAACGUAAAUAGCGUUUGCAAUAGCCAGAAGUUCAGUUCUCCGUAACUUCUCCAUACGCAGUAACCACAUUUUUUUUUACGUUAUUACCUGUUCCCGUUAGAUGCUUAAUUUUUUUUUCAGUAAAUAAUUGUAAUACCAUUUAGGGUGAGGUGUACUGGAAGAACGAUAGACGUCCGACACCUUACACGCCAGCGGACAUACCCGCCCAGGGAGACGCCUCCAAAAUGCUGUACAUAUGGUUGACCGACUUUACGGCCUUGACCUUCGGGUACGCCGCCCACACGCACGGCUACCUGCAGUACACACUAUCGCCAGACAAGGUACUUAUCAUGUCAUGUCAUGUCACCCCCACCAAAUGCACGGCUACCAGCAGUACACACUAUCACCAGACAAGGUACUAAUCAUGUCAUGUCAUGUCACCCCCACCAAAUGCACGGCUACCUGCAGUACACACUAUCGUCAGACAAGGUACUUAUCAUGUCAUGUCAUGUCACCCCCACCAAAUGCACGGCUACCUGCAGUACACACUAUCGUCAGACAAGGUACUAAUCAUGUCAUGUCAUGUCACCCCCACCAAAUACAUGCUGACCCGCCCAAUAAUCAUUAGAAUUAAAACUAAAUCUGUGUGUUCAUUGGGGGUCACAUUUCUAUUUUCUUUAAGGUUGCUUGUUGUCAAUGAGAAAUGCCGGAGUUUAAGUCAAUUUACAAUAAAAUUGUUGCGGGAUAACCCCCCCCCCUUUUUUUUUCCCCCCCCCCCCCCCGCGCCAAAAAAAAACCGCGUAUCGUAAGCGAUUUUCUGCACAUCCACAAUUACAUUAAAAUCAAUAUUUUUUUUUUAAAUUCGUUUAAAGAAUUAUCUUUUUAAAAAACAACACUUGUAUUGUGAACAAAAUACAAAACGGACACCCCGUGCCGUGGGUCCUAGUUACAGGGAAGAAAGCUUUGAGUCCAACGAAAAAGAGACGGUGAAAAGAAGGGGGAAAAAUGUCUGGAUUCGAAUCACGCUCGUGAAGCAGGAUUUGAAUUUUUAAAAAAUUAAAAAUAUUCAAGGUAGACAAGAGCAUAACUCACAGUCGGCCAUUUUAAAUGUUGCUACCCUUAAAUUGAAUGAAAACUUGACAAAGGUUAAACUUAUUUGAUGAGAAAAUGCAUCUUUCAAGUGAAAUUGAUUUUAUUUGUGAUUCAAGAUUUAAAUGAACUCACCCAAAUAUAAAACAGGAAGCUGUUGGCAAACUUAAUGGAAUCCAAAGUGAAAUUACGGUAUGAUGAGAAAUGAAUGAUGGAUUGCAAAGUGAAAUUACGAUAUGAUGAGAAAUGUAUGAUGGAAUCCAAAGUGAAAUUACGGAAUGACGUGGAAUGAAUGAUGGAAUCCAAAGUGAAAUUACGGAAUGACGUGGAAUGAAUGAUGGAAUCCAAAGUGACAAUGCGGAAUGAAGAGAAAUGAAUGAUUAGAAUUGUAUACAAAUUAUUAGGGACGGAUUGAAUCCUGAGAAAUUUUUUAGUCACUACUGUCUAAAAAUAGUUAUUACUUUUUUUAUUUCAUUUUCAGCUGAAAGGUAACAACAGUAAUUACCUUGACACCUCAUGUCCGACGUCCAUCUGCGCUGGAUCAAUCAUCCCAGAGGUGUGAUAUUUUGUAUGUGUGUCCGUUCACGUAUUCUCAAUCAAUAAGACUUUGUGACCAAAAAAAAAUCAACCUCGACUGAUGCAGCUCCCCCCCCCCCGGCCCCAUUACUACUCUCACCACCAUUUUGAUGAGUGAAACCCGGAUAUUUGCAAGUAAUCACCCCCUCCCCCCACCCCACCCCCGUGCGGCACUUAAUGUCAAUUGUCUACGAAUGACGUCCAUCUGCGCGGGAUCAAUCAUCCCAGAGGUGUGAUAUUUUUUAUGUGUGUCCGUUCACGUAUUCCCAAUCAAAAAGACUUUGUGACCAAAAAAAAAUCAACCUCGACUGAUGCAGCUCCCCCCCCCCCCGGCCCCAUUACUACUCUCACCACCAUUUUGAUGAGUGAAACCCGGAUAUUUGCAAGUAAUCACCCCCUCCCCCCACCCCACCCCCGUGCGGCACUUAAUGUCAAUUGUCUACGAAUCACAACAUACAACAGAAGUCGGGUUGUUUUUGGAGGCGUUCACCCCCGAGUGACAUUGAGUUACUGACAGGCCACUGACAUCCCGCAAGGUCUGCCACAUCUGACAUGUUGGGGGUUAAGGAGAGAAAGACGAUUUAUUAUUUCAUAUUUCUCACUUGAAUCUACUUUCCCCAGAAAUGCUUCUGUAUUUCAAUUUUAUUGUUAAAAAUCUCUGCACUGUGAUUAGUAAUGGCAAUUGUUUUAUAUAGCUGUGAGCUGAUUACUACGUUCUGGAACCAGCUCCCCUUCUAUAUCCGUCAUUGUGAAACCUCGUCCACUUUUAAAAAGUCCCUUAAAACCCAUCUGUUCAGGUCCGCCCAUGACCUGUGAUGCACCUUCCUUGCCCUGCCUCAUUUUCUGUCUCGGGUUAAUCCUGUAGUAUAGGCCAAAACGUGCCAAAGUGUCCUCGUUUUAUAGCCAUUUUAAUUGUUUCUAUAGUAUAGUAGUUACUAUCCUAAUGUCUCAUUUUUAUUUUAGUUAGUUUACAUGUUUUUAAUAAUUGUGAAGCGCUUAGAGCUUUAAGGUAAGCGCUAUAUAAAAAUUCCUAAAUAAAUAAAUAAAGUCUGUCAUUCAUCUUCCUAUAGAACGGGGGUCAGGUCACAUUUUGCGCGUUCAAAGUGACCUCAAACUGACACGUAGAUUAAUAAACGCACGUAGGGCAAUACAAGCUUUAAACUUGGCACAUAGAAUUUUUUUAAUAUAUAAAUUUGAUUGCAACCAAGUUCUUUCAGUAACAAAAUGUGUACCAAAAUAGUAUAGACAAGUGAAAUUAAUUUAUAUGAAACUGAAAUUAAAACGGGGCACGCCAGGACACGGACCUUUCAAACACGGACCUAUGUUGAGAUGACCUAUUUGUACAGAUUUAGCACAUUUUCUGUUUCAUUAAUUUUUAACCGCCAGAAAAAUUUCUUAUAGACCUGCUAGAAAUCGCUUUAAAAAAAAAAAACCUGUCCACAAGAGACAAGGAUCACACACGUGGACCCGUUAAGAGAUCGCCGCCAACUUAACCCCCAUUUAGAUGUGAUUACCAAGGUCUGGUACUCCAGAGUAUUUCAAUAAACUUGCUUGUAUCGUGUCUAGAUUGCUGAGAGGUACCCUAACUCCAAGGUGACGAUCAAGAUUGCAUCCGCUGCCCCGCCAGAGAUCAAAUUUACCAGCAACGGCAUCGAUCUAGUGCUGCUGGCGUCGGUGAUUUUUUCUGCUGGAAGUUCCAAUGCUUUUCUCGACGGAACAGUCGUAAGUUGAGAUGCAAUUGGUUUGAUUAUUUAUUUUUAUUCUUCCUUCUGCGUUAAUUUUUUUUUUUUUAAAGAAGAGUUUUUUUUAAUUUUAAACAAAAUAGGAUAAGAUGAAGUGUUUGAUUGUUGUUGUUUUUUUAAAAUUACAUUGUGCAUAUUUAGUUUCAGCAUAUAAUUAAAUUCAAUAUUCCUAACCAAAAAAAAAACAAAACACCAAUUUCACAACUAGACAUCUAAAGCUGGGGUGGAAACCCCCUAAUGGCUUUGGCGGGCAAGGGCAAGUUUGAUAGCGAGCAAACUUUUUGCUGGCCACUUUGAUAGCGAGCAAACUUUUUGCUGGCCACUUUGAUAGCGAGCAAACUUUUUGCUGGCCACUUUGAUAGCGAGCAAACUUUUUGCGGGCCACUUUAAUAGCGACUGUUUGCGCACCUCAUGCCGUAACUUCUUGUAUGAAAAAUAAAAAACCCUUUUGAACAAAUUUUUCGUACUCUUGUAAUUGAUCAAAAGGUGACUAUUUCCAAGUGUGAAAAACAUUCCGUUUUUCCGUGAACGACACAACUCUAUCCAGUUUUAAUUAUGCAAACUAUAAUUUUGGCCAUUAAUUGACCUAAUGACAGUGUCCUUUGUGCGGGCCGCAUGUGUGCUUGCAAAAGAUCGUGCCCGCGGGCCGCAUGUGUUCUUCCAAAGGACCGUGCCCGCGGGCCGCAUGUGUGCUUGCAAAGGACCGUGCCCGAGGGCCGCACGUGUGCUUGCAAAAAUACCAUACAUCUGAACUUGAUCAGGAACAUUAUUGACUUAAUAGUGAUCAUAUAGAUUUUUUUUAACCUCUGUUAAAUUCUGGGAGGGGGGUUAAGAAUUUUUGUAUGCUGACUUUUUCAUACGGGAUUUGGCUAUGUUCAUGCCAUGGUAGCUGAUUAUUAAUGGUGACAUAUUCGUCUCUCUCUCUCCCUCUCUCUCUACUUGCUUGCUCUAAACCAACGGUUCUCAACCUGUGGGUUGCUACCCUUUUCCCCAGGGGUCGCAGAAAAAAACAUUUGAUCUACGGUUAUGAAGAAGGAAAGAAAAUAAUUUUUUGUGGCUGGCGGGUCGCCACAACACGAGGAGCUACAUUAAAGUGUCGGGGCAUUAUGAAGAUUGAGAACCACGGCUCUAAACUGUGACUUUUUUUUAAUUGUGAGAUGAGCAUUUUUGUGAGUACCCCACCGGAAAUCGACAAUCAUUCCUUUCGCUUUUGAGACAUAUUCAACUGAAGAAACUUUUCAUCCCAGCAACCGACCAAGCUUUCAACUUAGUUACAUAAUCCCCGUAAUAUCCAAUUAUCCAGUUCAUACAGUUAAGCGAACCCUACUAUACGCGAAUUCGGCUAUAACUCGGUCGUGAAAAGACUCCCAUUUUUUUUUCUCUAGAAGUACAAGGGAAAAUAAAUAUUUAUAUACUACAAAUAGUGUAUGCCCCUCCAAUGCUAAGAUCACCAAGGCACUCUUCCACCUGUGCCUGGACUUGAGCUGUAUUUUGUUUAAAGUGAAGGAGGGUUGCUGAAAAUGAAUAUGUCUAAAAUAAUCAAAAUCAUUUUCAUGCAUUCGAAUAAAUAAAAUAAUCUUAUCUUAUCUUAUCUUAUGAUUGGUUGGGGCGUUACGAUUAGAUUGUUAUAGAUCUAUUUAUAAAAUUCCAUAUUUAAAAAUAUAAAUACAUUUGGCAUAAUACAUUAUAAUCAAUAUUUUAAAAAAAAAAAUUAUUUCAGAGCUUCACCUUGUCUGGUUCUGCUUCAGUGAGGAACGAACUAAUCUUUGGCAGUAUAAGCCACUCAAGGUGAGAUAUGUCUUUUCUUUUUCUUUUUUUUUUAUUAAUUUAAAUCAAAUUUUUUAAAAAUUUUUUCCAAUGUAAUAUCAAGCAAUUAAAAAAAAACAAAAAAACUUGAUUUCAUUAAACUUUCAGCAUUCAGAUAAGCAACGUGAACUCCACCAUCGGAACUGUUGAUGUAAGUCCUUUUACUUUUCUUAUAUUUAUAUAACACAUUUAAUCCGUGCGUGAUUAUGAUUAAUAAACAAUUUUUGUUUAAGCUCUUAAACACAAAUUUUCAUCGAAUUUGUCAUAUACAAAAACACUGCAAAGGUUUUUAUUGGGAGAAGACACAGACCAUUAUUAUCAUCUCUCAUUUUUUUUUAAUUGCUGACACUGACCAUCACUAUCCACCGCUAGUUUUUAUUUCUGUCACAGAUUUUGUCAUGUCGUAAUAACUUUUUUCAUGUUAUAAUAUGUAUACUGUGUUUGGUAACAUAAGAGGUGAGCCUGCGAUAGUUUUGAGUGAAGGGAAACUAACAUGGCAGGAAAGAAGAAAACCUGAGUGAUAGCAAGGGAAAACACAAAGAUGUGUCAGCAAAGAGCUUUCUUCUGAUCGGACAAAACAGAAUGAAACAUUUUGACAAAUUUGAAAACAAAAACUUAUCUUAGAACUUAAUCUUAGAGCCUAUCUUUGAACUUACUUUAGAACUAACCUUAUAACUUAUCUUAGAACUUACCUUAGAACUUAACUUAGACCUUAUCUUAGAACUUAUCUUAGCCCUUAUCUUAUCCUAUCCGAAAAUGAUAGUCAACCUGGAUCUGGCAUGGAAAUAGUUAUAGAAAGAUAAUGCCAUUAAAGUGUUCAGAUUGUAGCUCUUUUUUUGUUGUUGUUUUGUAUUCACAGCAAACACAGAUAAACCGUAUCCUGGCACUUGGCAUUCAAUCAGUGAUACUGCCCCAGAUCAACAGUUUGUAUAUGUUGUGUUGUCCCCGGCCAACCUUUUGAAUUAUUAUUUAAUGACCAUAAUGCAGUUGAGCCAUAGUAUGAACGUGGCGUCAAAAUGCGACAGUUCGUGAAAAAUGUUGAAGACUUUAGUUUCAAGUUAAAGCAGUUAAGCAUAUCUUUAUCGUUAGUUAGGGGCAGGCGACUUGUGUGUGGGACAGGAUUUUCGCCGCAGUUACGAAUUGUCUGCCGCCAUUUCGCUAUCAAAGAUAAUGCAAUGAAACAAAUAUGAUAGUCAUAAUUUUGUGAAUGCGUUUUUAUUAUUUUUUUUCCGGGGUUGGGGCAUAUGCCGUUAACAACUGCUUCUAUUCAUCCCGGUCCAAUGCUUCGUUCCCCGUUGAUUCCAGGUGUAUCCCACACUUUGUGUGUCUGCCUCUAUCUUCCGUCUCCAUGUAUCCCACACUUUGUAUGUCUGCCUCUAUCUUCCGUCUCCAUGUAUCCCACACUUUGUGUGUCUGCCUCUAUCUUCCGUCUCCAUGUAUCCCACACUUUGUGUCUCUGCCUCUAACUGGCGUCUCCAUGUAUUCUGUGGCCUUCAUCUCUUCUCUUUCCAUGUGUUAUCCAUGUUAGGGAUUUUCUGGUAAUUUUUUUUUUUUGUAUUGGGGUAUACGGAGGGCAUGCCCUAGCUACCUCCAUCUUUUUCCUUCUGUCUUAAGUAAAAGGCUUUUGGCGUGUCCUCUGCAAUAAGCCUUUGUUUUAAAGAUGUUUUGCCAUUUUAUGUUCAGGGUCUUUAUCAGCGAGUGCUCGUGAAGGUCUGCACUUCCUGCGUGAUCCUCGCUGUAGUGCUCCAAUGUUUCAGAGCAACAGAGUAGGGACUGAUCUGACAUUGGUGUUGAAAAUCCUAACUUUUGCUUGCAGAAUAAACGUGUUUGAUUCCAAAUGUUUCUUUAGCAGCGCAAAUGUUAAACCAUCACUGGCCAGAAAUAGGCUCCUAAUUUCCAAUUGAUAUACUUUGAAUUUUAUGUUGAUUAAAUUAUAUUUUUAAUAGUCUAUGAUUAUUUUGGCCGGUUUUUUUUCCUAAAAAUAAUAUAUGUCAGCGUGCAAAAGAAUUCUUUCAUAUGUUGUUUCCAACUAUAGUCCCGGUCCUUGGAGGUGUCUGGUGACACUGAACUGGCCCCGACAACGUCGGGGGGGGGGCACUAAAUCGGUCCAUGUUUAAAACAUUUGAGGACCUCUCUGAUACUGACAUAUUUACCUCCAGUGGUCCACAAGCCACGCAAUCAUUUUUCUAUCUCCCCCAGGUUUCGCACAAGGAGGUAUCCCACUACCAACGUUCGACGAUAUCAAACUUCCGGAUUCACAAAUUACUUUCCAGGAUGUAAGUCGUCUUUUGUACCAUAAGCUGCACAUUAACGAGCCGCCCGUAGGUGGUUUUAUAAUAGCCAGAGAGUUGACCACGAGAAAAAAUAUCAGUCCAUCAGUUUGUAACAGCGAUGAAUUUAUUCCCAGAAGAAAUUUAACAAAAGGGUUUAUUAAUGCCAGACGACAUAUCGUCCAGGGUCGUAUCUAUGACUGGUUACAUUUUGUCUAUUUUAUGGGCUAGCACAAGAGAUAAAUAAACAAAUAUAUUUGAUCCAUUAUAAAACGAAGUCCGCUGAGAAUAGUCACAUUUAAAAAAAAAAAAAGGAGUAAUUUGAUUAUUAAAUGUGUGUCUGGUCUAAAUAAUCUCAUUAUUGAUUAUUACAUUAUGUAUAAUAAUUCCAUUUCUGUUGAUGGCAUCAUUUCUGUUGCUGUGCACAAUGAGAGGCAAUCUUAGCUAUUCAAGAAAAACAUUUCGUCUCACUACUCAAACCAUUACGAUGUGAUAAUAAUGAUUAAAGUUUUUACGCGAAUAAAAUUUUCUUAAUACAUGCGAGAGGACAAUCUCACUGCUUCAUGUAGAGAACAAUCUCAUUGCUUCAUGUAGAGAUCAAUCUCGCUGCUUCAUGUAGAGAACAUUCUCACUGCUCCAUGUAGAGAACAAUCUCACUGCUUCAUGUAGAGAUCAAUCUCGCUGUUUCAUGUAGAGAACAAUCUCGCUGCUUCAUGCAGAGAACAAUCUCACUGCUUCAUGUAGAGAACAAUCUCACUGCUUCAUGUAGAGAACAAUCUCACUGCUUCAUGUAGAGAACAAUCUCACUGCUUCAUGUAGAGAACAAUCUCACUGCUUCAGGUAGAGAACAAUCUCACUGCUUCAUGUAGAGAACAAUAUCACUGCUUCAUGUAGAGAACAAUCUCACUGCUUCAUGUAGAGAACAAUCUCACUGCUUCAUGUAGAGAACAAUCUCACUGCUUCAUGUAGAGAACAAUCUCACUGCUUCAUGUAGAGAACAAUCUCACUGCUUCAUGUAGAGAACAAUCUCACUGCUUCAUGUAGAGAACAAUCUCACUGCUUCAUGUAGAGAACAAUCUCACUGCUUCAUGUAGAGAACAAUCUCACUGCUUCAUGUAGAGAACAAUCUUACUGCUUCAUGUAGAGAACAAUCUCACUGCUUCAUGUAGAGAACAAUCUUACUGCUUCAUGUAGAGAACAAUCUCACUGCUUCAUGUAGAGAACAAUCUCACUGCUUCAUGUAGAGAACAAUCUUACUGCUUCAUGUAGAGAACAAUCUCACUGCUUCAUGUAGAGAACAAAACAAUCUCACUGCUUCAUGUAGAGAACAAUCUCACUGCUUCAUGUAGAGAACAAUCUCACUGCUUCAUGUAGAGAACAAUCUCACUGCUUCAUGUAGAGAACAAUCUCACUGCUUCAUGUAGAGAACAAUCUCACUGCUUCACGUAGAGAACAAUCUCACUGCUUCAUGUAGAGAACAAUCUCACUGCUUCAUGUAGAGAACAAUCUCACGGCUUCAUGUAGAGAACAAUCUCACUGCUUCAUGUAGAGAACAAUCUUACUGCUUCAUGUAGAGAACAAUCUCACUGCUUCAUGUAGAGAACAAUCUCACUGCUUCAUGUAGAGAACAAUCUCACUGCUUCAUGUAGAGAACAAUCUCACUGCUUCAUGUAGAGAACAAUCUCACUGCUUCAUGUAGAGAACAAUCUCACUGCUUCAUGUAGAGAACAAUCUCACUGCUUCAUGUAGAGAACAAUCUCUCUGCUUCAUGUAGAGAACUAUCUCACUGCUUCAUGUAGAGAACAAUCUCACUGCUUCAUGUAGAGAACUAUCUCACUGCUUCAUGUAGAGAACAAUCUCACUGCUUCAUGUAGAGAACAAUCUCACUGCUUCAUGUAGAGAACAAUCUCACUGCUUCAUGUAGAGAACAAUCUCACUGCUUCAUGUAGAGAACAAUCUCACUGCUUCACGUAAAGGACAGUCCUUCUGCUUCGUGUAGUGAAAAAUCUAUCUGCAUCAAGUAGCUUAUUUGGCCAUGCCUGGAAAAAAACAACUCCAGAUCACCCGUUAGCGACCAUUCCAGCCUUCAGAUCGAUUUAGUAAAGAAUUGAUACAGCAUUAGGCUUUUGACGUGAACACAAUUUAAAAAAAAAAAAAUUAAAUCUCCAUUUUGAUUAAGGGUUGGCUGUGAGGUAGUUCGAAAAGCUUUUGGUACCUGAUUCCAGCGCUGGCGACAAGUUAUAACGAAAGUCGAAAGAUUUACCCUUUGCUGGGUCGGUAGUGUAGCGAUAAGAUUUGUUGACAGUGUGGUCCAAGGGGCAGGCUUACUUAAGAGAUCUUACAUGUUCAAAAGGAGAUUGGAGUUCGAUUUUUUUAUAUGGCUGGGGGGGGGGGGGGUUUGCCCUCAUUUUAUCGUUUUUGCUUUUUUUUUCUUUUCAUUUGAAAAAAAAUUACUUUCUCCAAUUUUUAAACACAUUUAAUUGUUGUUUUUUUUAAAACUUGACAGGGCUAUCUGGUGAUCUCAUCCAACGUACAGUACAAGGGGGUACAGUAGGUCUGACCAGGUGAUCACAUCAUGGUUCCUGGCCGAAAAAUCUUGUUAAUUUAAGAAAAUAAUUAGUUAAAAUCUUUAAGCUGUUAAUCUUUGAUUCGUUACCAGGCGUUUGAGAUUUUUUUUUAAAAAAGCCGUGAAACCUUUCACGAAUGUUUGACAAAUGAUCAAUCAACAAAUAUUUUUUGUCAUAUAUAACUAUAAUUUUUAAGAUCUUUUUUUUUUAAAAUGCAAAUAUCCAGAGGCUUACGGAUCUUAUAGCUUGAUCACUACGGAUCCUUGACGUAGUUGUUACAAAAAAUUACAAUAAAUUUACCCUAAUUUGAUAUUCAUUCUUUAUGUGUCAGUAUUUUUUAUUUAUUUAAAAAAAAAUUUUUUUUUAUAAGUG